GGGUAAUGCGAAAACAAGCCUGAUGUCGAAAGCGUCGACAUCCGGGAGGGCAACGAUAUCAGGAACAGAAAGCGAGCUAGAUCAGAAGGGAACGUCCUAUCUCACAGACGAGGCCCAAAACAGGCAGCGCGGAACUGAGACCAAAAGGCUUAAGGCAAGGACGACUAGUAACGUCUUGUUGAAGGGCUCCGAUGAGGGAAUUUCUGUGCCUCCUAG